GUGACGUCGGCGCGCGGCGGCAGAAGGGCGCCCUUGGAUACGGGUGCGCCCUCCGGCCGCCCAGAAUUUGAAUAUCCGCGCGCUGCCGCCGACCGUUUCCCCUCUUCUGCCGCCGCUAAUGGCCGCAAUGAUGGUUGGUGGAUCUGGCGUCUUACUGCCUGAGGAGAGAAGCGGCAGCCAUGCGCCUUGCGACCUUAGCCUUCCUGCUUGCCCAGCCGGCACUGUUCGGGGCCACGCCGGCUGCCGUGCAGGAGGAGUCGGUGCUGAAGCUGGUUGAAGGGGAGAAGGCCCCGGGUGGCAGUGGGGCCCUGGCGUUGAUCACCUCGCCGUGCCCUGCAACCACCAGCUCCCAGCCCAGCAGCUCCCAGCCCAGUGUCCCCACGACUAUUAUGUCUACCAUCCAGUCCAGUGACCAGUCAACAGUGAUGUCCACGGUCCUAAGCAGCAGCAGUGAGUCUUCCAGUACCCAGUCAACCAGCACCCAGACCACAACUAUUAAGCUGCAGGCCUUGGCCCACAUAGUCCUCUCCAGCUCCACCCACAUCGCAGCGGGAAGCCCAGAUGCCGCAGUGGCCCGCGACACUGAUGCCCCGGUGUCAGUGGACAAUGGUGCUGAGAUUGUGGUCAUCAAUUCGAAUGGGACGGAAACAGAGAGCACAGUCCCUAUUGUGCUAAGAGUGGGCGACGAGAUCAUCAUUGCCAGCUCUGAUACGGGGGCCAAUGAUACGUUGAUGCCCAUCUUGCUGGGCGGUGAUGGUGAUGGGGCUGAGAUUAUCAUCACCAACUCAGAAGAGUCUGGAAACUCCAGUUUAACCCCCAUUGUAUUAAAUAAGGGUGAUGAAAUCAUUGUUGCUACCUCAAAUGGAACCAAAACUGAGUCUGCUUCAUCUCUCGUACUCGGCAAUGGGUCUGAGAUUAAGAUUACUGGCUCUGAAAAUGGUAACAACUCUGUCAUUUUAGCUAAUGGCACAGAGGUAAUAACCAAUCAUUAUUCAGACACUGAUGCAUUAGAUGACCAGGUGGUCACUACUGAGAGUGCAAAUGCUGAGAAUAUGAUGGUUACGACCCUGAAUGAAAUUGCUGAAAACGUUGUCACCAAUGAGAAGGAGGAUAAGGACUCUGGCAUUGUGGCUGAGGAGCAUGGGACCCAAGUGGCAGUGGAAAAUAAGGUAGAAGUCACUGAAACAUCUGAGCCACAAACUAUUGUGAUCUCACUGGACAGCUCUUCCUACAGCUGGGCUAGAUGGAGUGCUUGGUACUGCAACUGCCUUAAUAGCAGUAUGUCCCGUAUUCGCGGCAUCAUGGACAAAAAAACUGGCAUCACUUUGCACUCCAGUGACUACCAGCCCAGCAACUUCCAAAGAAAACCAUGCAAUUACAAGGUGUGUGACUGCAGCAGACAGGACAAACAGUGCCAUCUCACUAAUGUCACCUGCUUGGAAGCAAACCCUUACACCUGUGUGCUGAAUGACAUUGCCUAUCAGGAGGUUCUAGACUCCAAAGAUUACUGGAGAAAGUUGAAGAAAGGGGUCCAGGCUCUCUACCACAAAAUCAAGACUUUCCUACAGAGAAUCACAAAGGAAGAGACUUAAGUCGGAGGAGCAGUGGGCAACUGACCUCAACGUCAAUAACAGGAGAAUGCAUUGGGCUGCCACAAAUAUUCUGCAGAAUUUUACUGCUGUGUAUCACAGAGUGAUUCUCUGCACUUUGCUAUAUAAACACGAAUGAUUUAACUUUGUGUUUGUGAUCGUUAUUCUGGUAACCAUUUAUAAAAUUAAACCUUUAUGGCAUGGAACUGAUGGUUUAUUAGUGAUGUUGGUUUCUGUUCCUUUUCAGCACCAA